UAAAGUUCAGUGCUGAUCGAAGUUCUCAUGUCGUUCUAAUGAAAGUAAAGUUGUUGGUUGAAAUAUGUUUGGUUCACUCGUACGAAUAUCGCCCGUAAGACAAAGGUUUGGUCGAUUUUUUCUACAUCAGAGAUUUAUACAUAACAGAUUAUUCGCGUAUAAAAAUAACAAGCAAACUACUGAACGUUUCAUUGCAAGUGGAAGCCUAACUUUAGCUGGAGUUGUAGGGCUCGGUGGAUUUUUAUGGUACAAACAGGAUGAUCUAAAGACAGUGAGUGAAGUUCACUGUCGAGAUGAAGACAAUCAAUCUCACCAAAAUGAAGAGAAUAUAACACUCUAUCAGUUUGCAAGCUGUCCAUUUUGUAAUAAAGUUAGAACAUUUUUAGAUUAUUAUGGCAUGAAAUAUGAUAUUGUUGAGGUUGACCCACUGUUUAAGAAAGAGAUCAAGUUUUCUGAGUAUAAAAGAGUACCAAUUGUUGUUAUACAAGGAAAUCAGCUACAUGACUCUUCACUUAUCAUCAGUGUGUUGCGGUCUUACCUUCUGAAGCAAGAUAGCUUGGAAGAGUUGCUAAAAUAUUAUCCACCAAUUACAGUUCAAGGUUCAAAUAACAAAGAUACCAUUGAGUAUGCCAAUCGCUAUGGUAUCAUGUUCAAGACAGAUUUUAAUGAAAGCAGAGUGCAAGAAAUAAAAUUGGAACGUAAAUGGCGAAGAUGGGUGGACAACACCUUUGUGCACACAUUAUCUCCAAACAUCUACAGAACAUGGCAGGAAGCCAUGGAAGCAUCUGAACAUUUUUCACAUGUUGGAGAUUUUUCAGCCACUCAGAGAUUUCUGGCAAAAUAUUUUGGUGCUGUCAUCAUGUAUUAUAUUGGAAAGAAAAUGAAGAAAAAAUAUCGUUUAAAGGAUGACGUACGCGAGGCCAUGUACGAUGAAAUCAAGGUGUUCAUGAAAGCGUUGGGUAAAAAGAAGUUUUUGGGUGGAAAGACACCAAAUCUUGCGGACUUGGCAAUGUUCGGAGUUUUACGAGGCAUUGAAGAGUUGAGUACUGUUAAAGACAUAAAGAAACAUACAAAAAUUACACCCUGGUUCGAUAGAAUGAAACAUGCUGUGGAAAAUCACGAAGGAGCUGCUCUUGUUGCUUCAUGAUUUUAUGAUGAAAAUCACAGCACUAUCUAAACUCUAAAGAAAAGCCAUUGAUGUUGAAUAAGACUGUUUACUCUCUGCUGAGAGUUUAUGGGAAUGGAGACAACAUUUAUAAUUAGAGCUGUUUUAUGUUUGAAUAUUUUAAAUCUAUUCUCCAUCCGUCAAAAAUCUCCAAAUACGGAGUAAAUGACGCGACUUUCGAAUGUAUAAAUUCACAAUGAUCCCGAUGAUCAGAAAGAAGUGAUCCAAAGUGAUAAUGUAGCAUUUCAUUUUUAGCAUUUGUAACAGUUUAAGAUCUAAUGCAAAAUUUGUUGAUUACGUGACACCAUUAUAAUAAUACUACAAGUUGUAAUAAAAUGUAGCAACAAGUGCAAUAUUUAGAAAACUCCCCAAAAAAGACAAGGUUUGAAGUGACGUAUUUCAUCUAGAGAUAGCCGUAUUUUCAUCUGUUUUUUCCUUUAUAACUACAACUGAUUCAGACGAGAAAUUUUGCCUAAAACAAGCUUUUAUGUAGCAUUUAGAUAGGGCAGGAAGUCUUGUUUAAAUGUAUAGUCCGCAGAUAAUAGGUAAGAUAA